AGCCGAUAUUUCCCGGUCGUAAUGCCGAUUGCCGAAACUAUUCAACCUACAUAGACGUGGGCACAUAAUGUCCUCUCAACAGAAUCAAAAAUACUCGGUAGGAAUUAAAUUGAAUUGAAUUAAAUUGAAAGCUGCUAGUUAACUUCAAAGAUUCUAAUCACAGGAUGAUCAAAUUUGAACAGAUGAUGAGUGAUAGCUUAACUGGCCAAAAUGCAAAGUGUAUGUGCAAAUCGAGAGGUCCAAUUUGGGUAGAGGCCCAAAAAAGAAGGUCCAACUGCCUAGUACUGAAGAAGGAAGGUAGAAUCCAAAAAGGGAGAUGAGUGGCUAAUAUCAAUGAUGUUAUGUGAUGGGAACAACAAGGCGGUGGACAAUAGAGAGAUGCAGAUAAGAUCCACUGCCAUUUUUCUUUCAUUCUUGGUUUUGUAUUUUUUUGGAGCAAGCCUAUUUGGCUGUCUUAUUAUUGGCUUAUUGCAUGUGGUCUGGGCCCUUUCUGAAGGAUAUUUUUGGCCAUUACUAUGUUAUCAAUUUUUCCCAUUUUUUAUUGCUCUAUAAUACUUUCGUUCGUUCUGAAAUACUCGCUAUAUAAGAAUUUUUGACACUAUUUAUCACCUAAUAUGUAAGAAAAAAUAUAGUCAAGUUUGAUCUUAUUUGAAUAUUCUAAUCGCAUACUUUCAUAAUAUUAAGUUUUUAUAAUUUUUAGAUGUGUAUUGUUCAAUAUAUAAAUGAUCAAAAUAAUAAAUCAGAUUGCGAAAAAAGUCAAAUGUAGCAAAUAUAGUGGAACAGAGGUACUAUAAUGUGAGAAUGGGAUUAAAUGCUAUUGACAGCUGAGUUUGUCAAUAAGAUUAUAUGGAAGAAGGUAAGAACUAAGAACACAGUUGAAAGUAGUUGGGUACCAAAGUUAAAGGGAUGGUAAAAAGAAAAUAAAGCAAAAUUAAAUGAUAGAGGGAGUUCUCCAAUUAGUUAGUCAGACAAUAAGUAUGGAGUUAAGAGAUUGAAGGAUUAUAAAUAAAUAAAUAAUACUAUAAUAAUGUUGCAAAAAUAGGAUAACCAAAAUUUGUAAUUAGAGGAUUGAGUUUUGUCUCAAUUGAAACAAGCAUUGUUUUUUUCUAGUUAGAUUAUGAAUUUGAUUCUCAUACAACCCAUUUCCUUUAGUCAGCCUACCUUGCUAUCAAAAAACAAAUGUAAUUGUAGCAAGUUUAGUGGGAUGGAAGAAUAGUAAUUAUCGUCUUAUUAGUGAGUAUUUGGAUUAAGUUUUCUCUAUUGUCAUGUUACUUAUACGGGGAAUUGUUUUUGAAAUAAAAGUCCUGUGGGAAUUCAUAAUUCAUGAGAAUUUAUUUUUCAUACUAAUUUCCUUGGAAUUGAACUACAUUUUAGUUGAGGAUGAGGAAUUGUGUAAUAUAGGACCAUAGAUAAACAUACUCAUACACCUCAUGGGAAUUUAGACUUUCAGGGAGUUUUAUAUUAUGAUCUAUAAAUUCUAAUUAUUUUGUUAAACAAAUGAAACACUAAUUUGCAUUAAUCUUUUGCAUUAAUAUAAUCAAUAAUAGGUGAUUAGUGAAAUGUUUUUUUUUUCUUGUUUGUGAAUUGGUGUGUAACUUUUUUAUUGUGUUUGUAUCUCUCUAUUUUGGUCACAAAUAAGCUACAUUUGUUAAUAAUAACACAGCAAAAACAGAAAUAUCUAGCUUACAUGUGGUGUAGAAUCUACAUGGUCUUGUUUUGUACUCGAUAUCUAACAUGAUUGACUUGUCAUGUUGAGCAAUAAGCUAAGCUAAGAGGAUGGGAGCCAUUUUGAUGCAACCCAACUGCAGGUAAAACACUGGAAAUCCAACGUGCUCGAAAAGACUACAAUUCUUGUCGUUGCCAUUUUCCGUCCUUAUACUAGUGAAUUCCUCCCCUCCUAAUUUUUCUUGAUGUAUCACAGUAAUACAACCAAUUAGACCAGAGUUAGCUGUCUUGGGCAUAAUUGAAGCAUCAUUUUAUCUGGUUAAAUUUUCUGGGCAUGGGGUAGAAACUAGAAAGCAGUGCCAUGUGAGGCUUAGCUCUGUUAAGCAUGGGAGUGGUGUGGCAUUUUUAUGCUCCUUUUCUGAUAAUCCACUGAAGCACCAUCCUCGUUGUUUGGAGCAAUCAUUUUUCUUCUUUUUGAUUGACUUCUAUAUAUUGAUUAGUAAUGUUCAUUCCUAGUCACAGUUAGGGACCUGAGCAGUAUUUCUCAUAAGUCACAGUCUUACGUCUGAAGGUAAUGGAGUCUGAUCGUUUGAGCAAGCAGUCGUCACUCGUUCCACCCUUUCCAAGAGACUCUCGUGGCUCAUUAGAAGUAUUCAAUCCAUCUGCUUACUCUUUCAGUAAACCAACCAUCCCUGUUUUCCAAUCCUCGUCUACUUGGCAAAGUAAUAAGCUUGAGCAGGUGAAGGAGGAGGAUGCGAAACUCCAACCCAUAUCAAGUCGGCCCAAACCCGAUGAAAUCACCUCAUGGAUGGCUCUACCUGACCCGACCCCGGCAAUCCACAAAAUAGCAAGUUCAAAAGAGGACGAUCAUCAAAAAAAGUCUAAAGAUUCUAGUACUGCUAAAGCUGAGCAGAGAGCAGCUGAGUGGGGUUUAGUGCUUAAAACUGAUGAUGAAACUGGGAAGCCACAAGGUGUGAAGGUCAGGACUUCGGGUGGGGAUGAACCAAAUCCUAAACCCGAGAGCUCAAGAAGGGAAUCGGGUGGGUCAGUCCGGAGUUCAGGUGAUUCGUCUGACGGUGGGUUCACAAGGAACAUUCCAAGAGUUUCUGAAGAUUUGAAGGAUGCUUUAUCCACAUUUCAGCAAACAUUUGUUGUGUCGGAUGCUACCAAACCCGAUCAUCCCAUUCUUUAUGCAAGUGAAGGUUUCUUUAAGAUGACUGGAUACAACUCUAGAGAAGUUAUUGGCAGAAACUGCCGGUUUUUACAGGGAGCAGAAACAGACUCAGAAGAGUUGGAAAAAAUUAGAGAAUCUUUGCAGAAGGGUAACAGCUACUGUGGGAGGUUACUGAAUUAUAAGAAAGAUGGCACACCUUUCUGGAACCUUCUAACAAUUGCACCCAUCAAAGAUGAAACGGGAAAAGUUCUUAAGUACAUAGGGAUGCAAGUGGAGGUGAGCAAGCACACAGAAGGCUCCAAAGAUAAGAUGGUUCGUCCUAAUGGACUGCCUGAAUCAUUAAUUCGAUAUGAUGCUCGUCAGAAAGAUAUGGCUGCUAGUUCAGUCAAUGAGCUGUUACAGGCAGUGCAAAGGCCUAGGGCAUUAAGUGAAUCUGGGAAUCGACCCUUCCGGAGAAAAUCAGGUGGUGCAGAUGAAAAGAACAGAGCACAGUCUCAGAUGAGGAGAAAAUCAGAACAUGUACCUCCAGCUAGGCGUUUAUCAUUGGAAAGUCUCAGUGAGAUUCCUGAAAAGAAACAUAAAAAAACUGGACGUCGUUCCUUCAUGGGGAUUCUAAAGAAAAGCAAGCCCAACGAGGAGCUUAUUAACAAUGAAGAAACUUUUGAUGAUAAUGGAAGCUCCGAGGAUGAGGAUUUUGAUUUAGAUUAUGAUGAUGCAAGACCUGAUAGUGUAGACGACAAAGUAAGGAAAAAGGAAAUGAGAAAGGGUAUUGACCUUGCAACUACACUGGAGCGUAUAGAGAAGAAUUUUGUCAUCACUGAUCCAAGGCUUCCUGAUAAUCCUAUUAUUUUUGCGUCUGACAGCUUCUUAGAGCUGACAGAGUACAGUCGUGAAGAGAUUUUGGGAAGAAAUUGCAGGUUUCUGCAAGGGCCUGAAACAGAUCCUGAAACAGUGCGUAAAAUCAGAAAUGCAAUAGAUACUGAAACAGAAGUUACAGUUCAGCUAAUUAACUACACAAAAACUGGGAAGAAAUUCUGGAAUGUGUUCCAUCUACAGCCCAUGCGCGACCAAAAGGGAGAAGUUCAGUACUUCAUUGGGGUACAGUUAGAUGGAAGUCAACAUGUUGAACCACUUCAAAACAGCAUUCCAGUAGCUGCUGUUGAAGAGAGUGAGAAACUGGUGAAAGAAACUGCACAAAACGUUGAUGUCGCAGUUAGAGAACUCCCAGAUGCCAACAAGAAACCCGAGGACUUGUGGGCUAAUCAUUCAAAAAUUGUACAACCAAAGCCCCACAGGAAAGACAGUGCCACAUGGAAAGCUAUUCGAAAGUUGACGGAAAGUGGAGAGCAAAUAGGGCUUAAACAUUUUAAACCAGUAAGGCCUCUAGGAGCUGGUGACACUGGAAGUGUGCAUCUGGUGGAAUUGAUCGGAACUGGUGAAAAUUUUGCCAUGAAGGCAAUGGAUAAAAAUGCUAUGCUUAACCGAAACAAGGUCCAUAGAGCUUGUGCAGAAAGAGAAAUUCUGGAUAUGUUGGAUCAUCCUUUUCUCCCUGCAUUAUAUGCUUCAUUUCAGACACCCACUCAUAUUUGUCUGAUAACUGACUACUGCCCUGGUGGGGAGCUAUUUCUACUUUUGGAUGGACAACCAACUAAGGUCUUGAAAGAAGACGCGGCAAGAUUUUAUGCCGCGGAGGUGAUCGUUGCAUUGGAAUACCUUCAUUGCCAAGGUAUAAUCUAUCGGGACUUAAAGCCUGAGAACAUUCUAAUUCAGAGCAAUGGCCAUAUCACUUUGACAGAUUUUGAUCUAUCUUGUCUAACAUCUUGCAUGCCUCAGCUGCUCGUUCCAGAGAUCCGUGAAAAGAGAAGGCAACACAAGUCUCAAAAAGCUCCAAUAUUUUUGGCUGAACCUAUGCGAGCGUCAAAUUCCUUUGUUGGGACAGAGGAAUAUAUAGCUCCGGAAAUUAUUGGUGGGACUGGCCAUACGAGCGCAGUCGAUUGGUGGGCAUUAGGAAUUCUCUUGUAUGAGAUGCUCUAUGGAUAUACGCCUUUUCGUGGUAAAACUAGGCAAAGAACUUUCACCAAUGUACUUCAAAAGAAUCUCAAAUUUCCAUCUAGUAAACAAGUGAGUCUGCACGCGAAACAGCUGAUGUACCAAUUGUUACAGAAAGACCCGAAGAAUAGAUUGGGAGCGAAUGAAGGUGCCAACGAAAUUAAACGACACCCUUUCUUUCGUGGAGUCAAUUGGGCUCUGAUUCGCUGCAUGAAUCCUCCUGAGCUUGAAGUUCCAUUCUCUACUGACCCAGAGAAGGAAGCCAAAAUUACUGACCCUGGAAUGCUAGAUCUCCAAACAAAUGUCUUCUAAGACAAGGAAGCUUUAUCACAAGAGCUCAUUUAAGUCAUGUUCUUUAUGUUAAAUAUUUUACUUUUAGGAAUCAAAAAAGGAGAAAUUGAGAUGAGAUAUGCUCAUUUAAGUCAUGUUCUUUAUGUUAAAUAAGUUACUUUUAGGAAGAAAUUAAAGUAUGAUUUGUUUAUUUAUUUAUGUUCAGGUUUAUGUUUGAGUCGGUGACUAUUUUAAAUGUUCUUUAUAAUUGUAUAUUUUCAUUCAAUUUAUGUUAUAUAUUUGUAAUAGUUUUGAUGUAUUUCAAAAUUUGCAAUUAAUCUAAUGCUUUUAUUUGUAUCUUA